CUUCAAUCUGUCUUCCCAUUUCGUCUGCUCUGUGAAUGGCGGCCGGCGUAUUUCGGCUCACUACUUCAUGGAGUUUUUGGUGGUCCAUCAACACAAACAAAUGGCUAUUGGAGAAAACAUGAAGUUUCUAGUGGUCAGCAACGUGCCAUUAAUGGCCUAUGUGUGAAAGAAGAUGAAGGGAUGUUGUUCCUUCUCCCUCCGGAAUGGCCGCCAUGGAGGAAUAGUACGAUUAGGGUUUUUACGACUAUUUCUAUUACUGCUAAAAUGAUUGUGUUUCGUUUUAUUUUAUUUCAAUUGUGUGUUGUUUAUUUAUUUUAUGUUGUAAGACAUUUACACUUGGAUUGAGGGAUGAGAGGUCUGCGGACUGCGGUAAUUGUCGUUGUUUUGAUUAUAGUCAAGUUAAGACUAUUGAGUUAUAUUAUUUUGUCAAAAGUGAUUAACUUAGAGUCUUGUCCAUAACGGAUGGUUACAUAUGAUGCUUUUGUUAUUUCAAAUCCUAUCUGAUUGUUUUUUAUUAAUU